AUGCGGCGCCGGCCCCCGCCCCCCGGCGGCCCCCGCCGCCCGCCCGCGCGCUGCCCGGCGCUGCCGCCGCUGCUGCCGCUGCUGCUGCUGCUGCUGCUGCUGGGCGGCCCGGGGGGCGCGGCGCGGAGGCCCAACGUGGUGCUGCUGCUCGCGGACGACCAGGACGCGCUGCUCGGCGGCAUGACACCCCUAAAGAAAACAAAGGCUCUCAUCGGAGAGAUGGGCAUGACUUUCUCCAGCGCUUACGUGCCGAGUGCCCUGUGCUGCCCCAGCCGCGCCAGCAUCCUGACGGGGAAGUACCCUCACAACCACCACGUGGUGAACAACACUUUAGAGGGGAACUGCAGCAGCAAGUCUUGGCAGAAGAUCCAAGAACCAAAUACUUUCCCAGCAAUUCUCAACUCAAUGUGUGGUUACCAAACCUUUUUUGCAGGGAAAUACUUGAACGAGUACGGAGCCCCCGACGCAGGCGGACUAGAGCACAUUCCCCUGGGCUGGAGCUACUGGUAUGCCUUGGAAAAGAAUUCUAAAUACUAUAACUAUACACUCUCUAUCAACGGGAAGGCACGGAGGCAUGGCGGAAACUAUAGCGUGGACUACCUGACCGAUGUUUUGGCUAACGUCUCCUUGGACUUCCUGGACUACAAGUCCAACUCCGAGCCGUUCUUCAUGCUCAUCUCCACGCCGGCGCCUCACUCCCCGUGGACGGCCGCCCCGCAGUACCAGAAGGCCUUCCAGAACGUCUCUGCACCGAGAAGCAAGAACUUCAACAUCCACGGAACGAACAAGCACUGGCUAAUCAGGCAAGCUAAGACCCCAAUGACCAAUUCUUCAAUACAGUUUUUAGAUAACGCAUUUAGGAAAAGGUGGCAGACUCUCCUCUCUGUCGAUGAUCUUGUGGAGAAACUGGUCAAGAGACUGGAGUUUAACGGGGAGCUCAACAACACUUACAUCUUUUAUACCUCAGACAACGGCUACCACACAGGACAGUUUUCUUUGCCAAUAGACAAAAGACAGCUGUAUGAAUUCGAUAUCAAGGUUCCACUCCUGGUGCGCGGGCCUGGGAUCAGACCAAACCAGACGAGCAAGAUGCUCGUUGCCAAUAUUGACUUGGGUCCUACUAUUCUGGACAUCGCUGGCUAUAACCUGAAUAAGACACAGAUGGACGGGAUGUCUUUACUGCCCAUUUUGAGAGGCGCUGGGAACCUGACGUGGCGCUCGGACGUGCUGGUGGAGUAUCAGGGGGAAGGCCGCAACGUCACGGACCCCACGUGUCCCGCCCUGAGCCCCGGAGUGUCGCAAUGUUUCCCGGACUGCGUGUGUGAAGACGCCUACAACAACACGUACGCCUGCGUGAGGACCCUGUCGGCGCGCUGGGACCUGCAGUACUGCGAGUUCGACGACCAGGAGGUGUUCGUGGAGGUCUACAACCUGACCGCGGACCCGGACCAGCUCACGAACAUCGCCAAGACCAUAGACCCGGAGCUGCUCGGGAAGAUGAACUACCGGCUGAUGAUGCUGCAGUCCUGCGCCGGGCCCACCUGCCGCACGCCUGGGGUGUUUGACCCCGGGUACAGGUUCGACCCUCGCCUCAUGUUCAGCAGCCACGGCAGCGUCAGGACUCGGAGGUUUUCCAAGCAUCCUCUGUAGCGGCCUCGGCUGGACCCUCACGCCUCUUCCUGACGAGUGACUGCAGUAGGUGCCUGUAGCGCGUCCUCACGACCACGCCUGGGAGUUUCUGGACUGGCUUUGGUUUGAGUCUGUAUGAAAGAGCAGCCUGACGGGCUGCACAAGCUGUGAGCUCUGCCCGCCCUGCCCCCCCCUCCGCUCUGGCCUCGCCCCUUCGCCCCCGCACUCCACGCCUGGCUUUGCGGACCCACCCGGAGCGCGGGUAUCCCGGGCGCGUUCGGGGCCACAGCCCGACCUGCUGUCCCGGGGCUUUUCGGAUGGAGCGCUUUGCUGUCAGACGCGCUGCCGGCACCCGCUGGAGGAGAAACCCCCGCGGCGGGGCCGUGGCCAGGAGCAGGUGCCGCUGCUCUCCCGUCAGCCGGACACACCAGCCGGCGCUGCCGAGUCUCCCC